AUCGAUAAAGGCUCGUAGAGAGACCCCGAAAUCGUCGCGCGGCGGAAAAUCGCGACGGCGCGAGGAAGAGAGAGAACGAGAGAGAGAGAGAAGGAGGGGGGAGAUAGAUAAAGAAGGAAAGAAGGAAAGAAAGAAAGAUCGGCCGGUGGCGAACGAUCGGCGCUCCUCGGUAGGGACGCGACGCUGCGAUAUUCGCGACGCGGACGAUUCUGCGCGGCAUCGCGCGAUUAAUGUAAUCGGCAGGUGAUUUCACGUCGCUGAUUAAGCGCCAUGUCCCGCGAUGGACCAAUCAGCUGCUUGGUAAACCGCCGUGAGACCUCGAGAAUCUGUCCCCCACAGACGAAUGACAACAAAAGAGACUGAUAGAAGUCGCGCGCGCGAGAGAGAGCCCGAGUUUUUUCGCACGCGAGUGUGUGUAUCCCGCGCAGCCGAGGGGUAUAUUCGCCGCCGCGGCUCAUUUUUUUCCGUUCCCGUAGCGCGCCGCGAGUAACGUCGCUUCGCUGGUGGUGAAAGUGUCGAGGAAUAUGAAGAGGAGAAAUGUCGAGUGCGGUAAGCUUCGGAGGCCCUUGAAACGCAACAAGCUCACCGAGGGAAUCUACGGAAGUACCUUGCUUUAUCUAAAGUUUCUUCUACUAUGGGCCAUGGUGAUUUUGGCAGACUUCAUUUUGGAAUUCCGUUUUGAAUUCUUGUGGCCAUUCUGGCUACUCCUCCGAAGCGUUUACGAUUCCUUUAAAUAUCAAGGCUUGGCCUUCUCUGUAUUUUUUAUUUGUAUUGCACUUACAUCAGACAUGAUUUGCUUUUUUUUCAUCCCUGUGCAUUGGCUGUUUUUUGCCGCCAGCACUUAUGUUUGGGUGCAAUAUGUUUGGCACACAGAUAAAGGUGUGUGUCUACCGACUGUGAUGCUGUGGCUACUAUUUCUAUAUAUAGAGGCAGCAGUGCGGUUGCGUGACUUACGUCAUAUGCCGUUUCAUCUAGAUCUCUGUCGGCCGUUUGCAGCACAUUGCAUUGGCUAUCCUGUAGUUACAUUGGGCUUUGGUUUUAAGAGCUAUGUAGGCUACAGAAUGAGGCAGAGAAAACAGAAAGAUGUGGCAAAAGAGAACGAAUUCUAUCUGCAAUUACUGCAGCAAGCACUGCCUCUAGAGCAACAAGCUAUGUCGAUGCAGCAAAUCCAACCGCAAGUGCAGUCACAGACGCAACAUGUCACUGCGUCGUUGGAACAACACAUUAAAACUCAAACACAUAAAUUGAGUCCACAAUAUAAUCCAAGCCCUGAAAAAAGCAGAGGUAAGGGCAGUAACAGUUCUAUAGAAACAAACAUACAAAAUGGUGGGGUACAUAAUAGUAGCCAAGUCACAUCACAAGCACAGAGCGCUACUACCAAAGGUACUCAUAGAAAAUCUUUAGACAAGAGUGAAAAGCAGGAAGAGCAGCAUAAUAAACAUAAUGUAUCAAAUAAUUCACCAUCAGAGAAGAGUGAUAAAAGAUUUAUACACAGUAAUGGAAAUACAGUACCACAUAGUGACAUACAGCUUAUCGAGAGGGUGGGAUCUGUAAAUGAUUUUGACAUAAAUGAAGUAGAAAAAGACAAAUCUAUUAAGGGUUGCGGACACACUACAAUAAAAUCGCAAUCAAACGGUUCAGUAACGGGAAAAUGGAAUAACGUGAAGGAAAGUCGAGAUUCAUCGUCGACCAAUAUCCAACGUGAACGUAAGACUCGACAGGUUAAAAAUACAAGUGACAUCACGGCAGAGCAACAAAAACAACAAGACGAUUAUUAUCAAAGGUUACUGGUGUGUCGCAGGCUCGAGGCAGAUAUAAAACGCUUGAAGUCAGACUUGCAAUCAAGUCGACAGUUGGAGCAAGAAUUACGAUCACAGAUUAAUACCUUACUUAGCGGAGAGCGGCAGGCUAAGGGCGAUAUUCAACAACUUCAACAAGAUAACGAUCAACUGCAAAGCAAAUUGCAUGGUCUAGUGACGGCGCGUCAAUUGGACAAACAGGCGAUGUCAUCGUUGGAAAAGCGAAUUGCAGAGGAGAGGAAACAACGUACUGCAUGUGAAGCAUCUUUGAUCUCCGAACGGAGAGCACGGCGUGCUGCUGAGGAGGCACGUUCUGCAAUUCCACCGCCACCGCCUCCACUUAUCAGGCAAGAAUGUACUGAUGCAUGUAAAAGUCGAAGAUCACAAAUGGAACAAGAUCUUAAAAAUCUGCGCCGUGAGCUCAAAUCGAAGGAGGAAAGGUGUAAUGUAUUGGAAAAAGACACAGCACGUUGCAAAGAAAACCACAGGGAGUCCGAAAUUUUACUCGCUGCACUCAACGCGCUACAGGACAAAAACGCGCAUUUGGAAAACAGCUUGAGCGCGGAGACGCGUAUAAAACUUGAUCUUUUUUCAGCACUCGGCGAAGCCAAACGGCAAUUGGAAAUCCGAGAAAGCUUAAUUAGAUCUCACGAGAAAGAAAUCGAGAUAUUGAAAACAAAAAUAGCGCAAGAUUUAGCUGUGAUGCCACAAGACACAUUUGGUCCAGCGCCAACCUGUGCGACGUCCAAGCUACGUUUAAAUAGUGAAGUGAGAGUAGGAACAAAAAUACGUUCAAACGAAAGUCCCUGUCCAGGGUGUACCGUGUCAAAUUUGGAUCCGAAUGCGACAGCGUACACGCCUAAAAGCUCCCUCGUAGCGUCGACCGAAGCUUAAAAACUGCAAUUGUUCUCUCUCAUCAAAACCCGAUAGUAGGAUGUAUCAACUUACAAAAGGAUGUUUCAAGUUUCUCCGUGGAAAUAUUAACCGUUUAGUUCUUUCAAAGUAUAUGGCUAAAAAUAUGGAUUUAUGGAUAUCAGAUCUUUCCUGUAUAGUCUUCUUCAAAAAGAUAGUAUUUUUAUCAUAUACAAAUUUUCAAUGUGUAAAAGAAACCUGAAAGUCUUCCAUGAGAAACUUUAUGAAACAUGUUUUGUAUAGUAUCUUAUCCUUUCAAAGAAAAAGUGAAACCGUUGACAUUACUUAUGAUCACACGACGCGACACAUUGGUUUCUAGAAUGUCAGGGAAGUACAGUGACAGUCUUAAUUUGUAACAUUUAUGCUGCGGGUUGAUCUUUUACAGAUAUAUAUAACAAUUUAUACCAGUGAAUGAUAAAAAUAUUUCCGCGCGUAUGAAAAUCAAUAAUGCCUAAUACUUUUAAAAAUCAAUAUAUUCCCUAGGGCUAUAAAUAUCCGGAUAAUUUAAUAUUUGAAUU